AUGGCAGAUCAAUACGAAUUCGAGCGCAGCGUAUCUGUCUAUCCGGUCGAUGGAAAGCCAAACCACUUCACGAGCGUCUAUCGACCAUGGAGUUGGCCACUAGUCCAAAGGGCGGCAGGCUCAGUGCCUAUAACAGAGGGCACUGCGGCAGCUUACAAGACCGUGCCACCCGACUUCGAGCUACAUUGCGCACAAGUGCAAUUCCUCAAAGCAGGCAAGAACGAAGCAUUGCGAUACAAAGUCGUCGAACUUAUGACAAUGUCCAACUUCGCUUCGAGGAACGUCUUCGUAACGCAAGACAGCGACAGCGACUACAGAUGCGUGCUCCUUCUGAGCUUCCAAAAACGAUCCGUCACCUCUCGAGGCUGGCCCACACAAUACGAAUACACUAGACCACCUUCUCGGGAAGCGAUCGAACUGGCAGCUCGCUCUAUCGAGGACCACUCGCCAGAUCUCAAAAUGCUUCCACUAGGUGUCCCUAAAGGGACCCCCGACCCACCCUUUCUCUGUCAACGCAUAGACAUAACUCAAGAGUCGGAUCCCAACCUCAAAACCUAUCGUACCAAGUACCGCAUCACCAGCCCAAUAUCUGGACCCACAGGACAAAUUCUAGCAAUUGUCUUCCUCUCAGAUGUAUUCACCCUCGACGUGCCGAUGAUCGUUCACAGCAUCCCAUUCGGGCCUCCGAUCUUAGGCGACGAGACUUUGACGCCGACUCCGACACGUAUACGAUCAUUCGCAUCCCUUACUCACACGGUGCGUUUUGCGAGGCUCGAAGGUUUUGAUGUGCAUCAAGGGGUUCUUUGCGAGAUGCAAGUGAGAUGGACGAAGGGAAGGAGGGCGUUGAAUACGAUGUAUAUGAGGGACUGCAAGGGAGAGUUGAUCGCUACGGUAGAUCAAGAGGCAUACUUUGUUUUCAAGACUGAAGAAGAGUUUGAACGAGAUGCGAAAGCAUUAAAAUCUCGCUCAGCUAAACAGAAAGCUGAAGCUGCUAGGAAGACGAAACUUUAA